AUGCCCUCGUUGGGCUUCGAGAUUCAGCUGGUAAAAUCAGGCACCAACCUGACAGGCUCCGCGGUGCCCGUAUUCUUGGGGUCCAUUGAUCUAGAUAUGGUAUAUUUCCUUCACGGUGCUGGCGAUAUCCGCCACAUGCUUCUGAUGGGUUGGGGUGGCGAGAAUGUGCGCCGCGUUAUGGAAAACAAUCCAACCAUUCAGCGUGCAAUCUCACGGUCGGAAAGGAAAAUUCUCUCACUGGGCGUCGUACAUGACGAUUUUCGGCUUGAAAAUAUUCUCUGGAAUGAGGAGCUACAGCGAGCGCUGAUCAUAAACUUUCACCGCUGUCACCUAAACAACCGACUGAUACGUCCCAAGUCCCGGUCCGAAAAAAGAAUAUCGAAUGGCGCCGAGGACCAGAUCAGCAAACGGGCGCGUCCUAUAUAG